AUGGGUUACAAUUACACUAUUCAUUACAAAUCCACUCAUCAUCAUGCCAAUGCUGAUGCACUUUCGCGCUUACCGAUCGGACCCGAUGAUUCUUUUAUCGAUGAUGAUGCGAACCAAGUCCAUGCUGUUCAAGUUGAAUUACUUACUGACUGUCCAGUCAGCGCGCACGAAAUUUCAACCUCAACGGAAACUGAUUCGAUAUUAGCAGUUAUCAAACAAUUCGUUUCCACAGAUUGGUCUUCGUGUAAACCGAAAUCUCUCGAUCCGUCACUCGUUUCGUAUUAUAAUAAUCGUCAUUUACUCUCGAUUGUUGAUGGUUGCCUGAUGAAAGAUAACCAAGUUAUUAUUCCUCACAAUUUACAACCUCGUGUCCUUCAAAUGCUGCAUUCGUCGCACUUGGGCACAGUGAAAAUGAAACAAUUAGCUCGUAGUCAUUGCUGGUGGCCAACCAUGGACAAAGACAUUUUGAACCUAUCGAACGCUUGUUUUACUUGUUCGAUACUGAAGCCUUUACCGAAAUCCGAAUACAAGUCUUGGCCUGAACCGGACCAUGUCUGGUCUCGUGUCCACAUGGAUUUCGCUGGUCCAUUUUGGGGAUCAAAAUGGUUGUUACUUGUUGAUGCCAAAUCGAAAUUUCCAUUCGUGGCUGACAUGCAGAAUGACACUUCGGCUUCAAAUCUUUCGAAAGUGUUGGACCACGUUAUUGAUUGGUUUGGGCCUCCAGACAGUUUAGUUUCCGACAACGGUCCGCCAUUCAAUUCUUACGCAAUGCGCCAGUUUUAUUCCAAAUAUGGUAUCACACAUGUGACCACCGCACCUUAUCAUCCUGCAAGCAAUGGGCUCGCUGAACGUUUUGUUCGGUCUUUUAAGGAUACCAUGAAGAAGCAACUACAAUCUGGAGAAACCGAUAAGCACAUAGCCUUACGAAAUUUUCUUCGCACUUAUCGUUGGUCUCCGCACACGUCGACUGGUGUCUCUCCGGCAAAUCUGAUGUUUCAACAUACAAUUCGUACAGAUCUCGAACGCAUGAAACCGAUUUCUAGUUCACCGACAGCACCAUUACAAUCCAAGUACGUAGUCGGACAGUCGGUUUGGGCUCUGAAACCACUACUCAAUCACCGUUCUCAAUGGAAAACGGCUGUCAUCACACGAAUUAUUAGUUCAAUGGUGUACGAAGUUACUUUAGCUGAUGGUCAAUGUAUUAAGCGGCACCAAAAUCAGCUGCGUCCGCGACACUCCACGGAUCAAUCGUUUUCAGAUAUCGAUAGUUUACCGGAUGAUAUCAGUCCUGAUAAAUUAUUACCGAUGUCGACAGAUGUGACAACUGCGCCGAUUUCAUCGCCAUCACUCUCAUCGAACUCUAUUCCAGCACCACCACCUCCAGCGAUUUUGCAUCCGUCGUCAUCGCCACGUUAUCCAACUCGAACUCGUCGAGCUCCCGAUCGCUACUCACCAUCGUAA